ACUAUAUGAUGGCUAACGGUUAGUGAAGUUGUGUAGCUCCAAUUUAUUUCUCCAACAGUGCAUAACUAACCAAGAGUAGGCUACUCUAAUUUUAAGCUGUUUUUAGCAAAAUUAUGAAACCUGCGGAGCUGAAUCCCACCGCUCCAGAACGGGUCAGGAAAGGGCGACUGCUUUUGAAAAGAUUGAUUGUAUAAAAUAUGAAAUCUGUGUACGUCUUAGGGAAUCUGAUAAGGAAACAAAAGGUCCGCAGAAGUUAUGUGGGCAACAGGCAUCCUGGAAUAUACAGAGACUGAGGCUCACUCCAAGUUACCAGGAGCCAAGACGCACAGGAAGUGAGAGACACACAGGAAGUCCAGGUCGACUAUGUCCUCUGGCAGGGGGCCAUGCCCCAGCCUCUCUGGCUGAUAAUGGUGUUGGUGCAUCAGUGCUGGACCUGGAACCCUGAGGCGAACCCUAUCCCUGAGGUGUACCCCAGCCCUGCCCCCCAUGCCAGUGCAUCCAGACCAUGAAGAGGCCCAAACAGCACCAACACCUCAGCUUGCUCAGCUUCUUUACACGCAAGCCCAAAUCCCAACCCAAACUGGACCGGGCUGGUGCCGCCAAGCCACAAGAUGAGGUGACCAUCACACUGACUCCCACUGACCAUGGAGAGCAGAACCAGAGCAUUAUAGGAGGAGAAGGAGGAGGAGGAGUGGCCAGGGGAGGGGAGGAUGAAGGGGUGGAGAGUGAGGGUGGCUGGGCGGGGCCAGGGGCGGGGCCGGGGCCGGGGGCGGGGCUUGAGUGCCCUCUGUGCCUGCUGACGCAGCCUUGCGGCAGUUUCCCGCGCCUGUCGUCCUGCCGCCACCGCGCCUGCGCAGACUGUCUGCGGCAGUACCUGCGCAUUCAGAUCUCAGAGAGCCGCGUGGGCAUCGCCUGCCCACAGUGCCCUGAGGCCCUGGCCCCGCCCGACAUCCACGCCCUCCUGGACGACCACGCCCUGCUCCAGCGCUUUGAGGAAUACCAGCUGCGCCGAGUCCUGGCAGCCGACCCCGACACACGCUGGUGCCCUGCCCCCGACUGCAGCUACGCUGUGAUUGCCUAUGGCUGUGCAGAGUGCCCUAAGCUGUGCUGUGGCAGGGACGGCUGUGGCACAGAGUUCUGCUAUCACUGCCGGCAGCUGUGGCACCCAGACCAGACCUGCGAUCAGGCCCGGCGCCAGCGCUCACGCCACACCUCCUCCAACAACGACGCCUCCUCGCUCUUCGUCUUCAAUGAGGAGCCUGGCAGUGAGGUGGAGGAGAUUAAGGCGUGUCCACAGUGCAGUGCCUACAUCAUGAAAACCAACGACGGCAGCUGCAACCGCAUGAACUGCAGUGUCUGCGGCUGCCAGUUCUGCUGGCUGUGCAUGCAGGAGAUCACUGACGUGCACUACCUCAGUCCAUCAGGCUGCACGUUCUGGGGGAAGAAGCCAUGGUCUCAGUCGCGGAAGGUGCUGUGGCAGGUGGGCAUGCUGCUGGGGGCGCCCGUGGUCAUCUCCCUCAUCGCUGGCAUUGCCAUCCCCGUCAUCAUCGUUGGGAUUCCCAUAUACAUGGGCCGCAAGGUACACAGUCGAUGCAAGAAAAACAACAUCUCAGGAAGUAAACACUACCUGACCGUGGCCAGCGGGGUCAUGAUGUCAGUGUUUGUUUCCCCAGUUAUAGCAGCUGUCACUGUCGGAGUAGGCGUGCCCCUGAUGAUGACCUAUGUGUAUGGCGUGGUCCCCAUGUCGCUCUGUCGAAAUGGUUGGUGUAGGACCCCGAAGGAGCAACCGGAACCCAGAAAAAUCCGACUAGAAGACCUGGCCAAUUAUCUUCAAUUCUCUCAUGUAGUCAGUGACCACUGGAUGGGCCAGUCCAGCCUGGUGUUCAGUGAAGCCAAUGCCCAGGAAGCUAGCUUACAGAAAGCUAGCACACAGGAAGCUAGCGCACAGGAAGUCAGUGUGCUGCCCAGCACCAGCACCAGCCCCCCUGUCCCUCCUGGCUGUGCUGGGCGGGACGAGUGGCUGGACUCCACGCUCGACACCUCCUUGCCGGAGGGUGCCAGCAUCAAAGUGCAGGUGGAGAUUGAGACACACCUGCAGCAGGUAGAGAUGGAGACACACCUGCAGCAGGUAGAGAUGGAGACACACCUGCAGCAGGUAGAGAUGGAGAGACACCUGCAGCAGAUAGAGAUGGAGACACACCUGCAGCAGAUAGACAUGGAGACACACCUACAGCAGGUAGAGAUGGAGACACACCUGCAGCAGAUAGAGAUGGAGACACACCUACAGCAGGUAGAGAUGGAGACACACCUGCAGCAGGUGGAGAUGGAGACACACCUGCAGCAGGUAGAGAUGGAGGCAGGAGAGGGAUUGCACUGCAGCCUGAACAGCAUCCUGUCCACCCACAGCCGCUCUGAGGAGCAGCUCUACUCCGUCAGCCAGCCCCCUGGCCCACAGUCACACACCGUCUGAGCCUCGCCUCCAAGCCACGCCCCCUGCUUUCGCCCCGCCUCCUACCAGCCAGAGCCUGCCUCCGCGGUGGAGAGAGAGCUGGAAAAGGAACCAGGGAGAAGAGGACAGAGAUGAGGAAGGGAGGGUGUGAAGUAAGCAGGUUCAGCAGUGUGUGCUCCCAGGAAAGGACAGAGGACUAAAGCGCAUUGAGGUUUCAGGCUUUCGUCCCUGUGAACUGGCUGACUGCAGGCAGACUGAAUGUUUCAAACCUUAUGUUUUAUUAAACAGUUUGGUGGGAAUUCUUUAUUUUAAUGUUUAGUUUUCUUCUUUCAGUCUAUUAAUGAUCGUUCCUGAUGUAAUCUGUUUUUAUCACACUUCGUUUGGACUGCAACCUUUCAGUGUUUUAUUUUUGCAAAUAUUUUUUUAUCCCCAAUUUUAAAAAGCAAAAUAAAUUAAACAGUGGCAGUUAAAAGCAUGUUUUUUGUGAAGACUUGUGCAGCCAGAUCUAACCUGUCACCGUUUCUGGGACAGAUUUCCAGCUGCAGUGCUCACUGCAAUUAUGCAAGCUAAGCUUCUGCAGGAGCUGCACGUCUGUGCAUAGCUUCCAUGCAUGUGCAGGUCUGUGACUGUGGGAGUGACUGUCUUUGACCUCACAGCAUUGAUGCCACCAUCUUUAUUAACCACCAACAUACUGAUCUUGUGUCCAAUACAUGCUGACACAGUCCUGUAGGUGUUAAGACAGACACUCCAUCUGCCAUUUUGUCAGGCUAUCCCAGAAUACCUUCUGUUUAUACUGUAUCUGUAACCUUCAUGAGACAGAUCUGAGCUCUUUGCCAUUUUCUCCGUUUUAUGUCUCUGAGCAGCGGUGACUGUAGAGUUUGUCUCCAGCUGGGAGGUCCUGCACAGAGAAAGCGGGCUGCAUGAUGUGUGUUUUCCAGUGGGCUUAUAUGGAUCUAAUCGCCCAUCUUCUGCAUUCUCAGCUCCAAAGCAUAGUCAAGCAUGUCUGUCUGUCUGUCUGUCUGGGGCCUCUUCCUGCAGAAAACAAUAUGAAAAAAAAAAAAUUAUAAUAAUAACCGUAGGACGUCCACUGUAA